AUGUCUUCCCGAAGAACUCACACCAAGUCUCGCACUGGCUGCUUGAACUGUAAGCGACGCAAAGUCAAGUGUGAUGAAGCUCGACCAGCAUGCUUUCAUUGCGCAAGACAUGGCGUGCCUUGCAGUCUCUCAUCACAGCCACUUACAAACUUCCCUGCCUCUUCCGUCGAUAGUGGCAGUGACGCUUAUUCAGCCCGGUUCCCCAACUUGGCUCCUUCGACUCCAGGAUCCCUGGAUAACCAUGAUCUAGGCGAUUCCCCUGACCCGUCUUACAACUUCCUUCAAACCAGUCCAACAGACAAGAUCGCCCCCUUUCCCCCGCAUGAGCUCUGGGCCCACGACUGUGAGCUAAUGCAUCACUAUUGCACCAUGACCGCAGAGACUCUGUCUAUCCGGAGAGAUAUGACAUACGUCUGGACCGUUGCGCUUCCUCGAUUAGGUUACCAGGACCCCUUCGUUAUGCAUGGCGUCCUUGCCAUGGCGGCUGCUCACAAAGCUUAUCUGAGCCCUGCCAACCGCAGGACAUAUUUGCCAUUGGCUGACUAUCACCAAACCCUUGGCUCUGAAGGUUAUCGCCGAUGUCUCCAGAAUUUCCAAAUCUCCAAUUGGAUGCCAGUUUUUGGCUUUGCAACCAUUGUUGUAUUCCACAUGCUAACACUCCCUUUGCGUAUGAAUAACCGUAAACUGGAGGAGCCCAUCAAAAACUUUAUCGAGCUCGCGGGGCUUCUGAGGGGCAUCCAGACAACUCUAGAGCCAGCCUUAAGGCGCAUUGUCAAAACCGAAUUCGCGCCUGUUGUUUACGGAAUCUGGACCCUUGACUCCGAUGAGGCGGAUAGCUGUCCCUCUCUCGAGAAUUCAGCUCUGCCCCCAGAUACCUGGGCUGCGUACCAAAGGCUUCGAGCAUUUCAAGAAAGUAAUAUUCCUGCCAGCGAACUAGAACAUUAUACAUCGGCCUUGGAUGGCCUCGAAAGCUCUGCCCGGCUUUUUGCUGCCGCUGGACUCCACGCAGAGGUGGGAGCAGCACAGUUCUGGAUAUACACUCUUCACGAUAGCGUGCUUUAUGACCUUGCUACACAUAGACCACAUGCCCUUCUUCUUCUGGCUCAUUAUCUUGUACACUGGGCAGCCCUAGAGAAGAACUUCUGGUACACGAGAAGUUGGUCUUUGCAGGUAAUGGCCGAUAUAGAGGAAAAUUUGACUGGCCAACCGAAUUUUAUAGAAAUGUUGCAUUGGCCCAAGCAGAGGGUGACCGAAACUGUUGCAUGGACAUAA